AUGGCUGACGAGCUGCUGGCGGGGCUGGGGCUGCGGCCCGAGGCGCCGGCGCCGGGGCCCGGGAGCGCGGGCGGCGCGGCCGGGGAGGCGGCCCCGGAGGAAGGUUCGCCCCCAGACGGCGAUGCGAGCAGCGACUGCAACCGGCAGGACAGCCCGGGGUCCCGGUUACCCCGCUUCGUGCUGCAGGGGGAGACCUGCUUCCCGGAACUGUUCCAGACGGGCCACCUCCCGCCCUACGAGCGCUUCCGGGCCUACCAGGACUAUAUCCUCGCCGACUGCAAGGCCUCGGAGGUGCGGGAGUUCACGGCCGAGUUCCUGGAGAAGGUGCUGGAACCGUCGGGGUGGCGGGCGGUCUGGCACACCAGCGUGUUCGAGGUGCUGGUGGAGGUCACGGACGUGGACUGCGCGGCCCUGGAGGCCGCCGUGCGGCUGGCGGAGCCCUGCCUGUGCGAGGCGCGCACAGGCACCUUCACGGCCGAGUGCGUGCGGGAGCUCCUGGAGCUGAAGGGCUGGCGGCUGCCCCUGCGGGAGCUGUGGGUGGUGUUCGACGGCUCCGGGGUCCUGGACCAGACGGCGCUGGCCGUGGAGCACGUCAGGUUUUUCUACCAGCACAUCUGGAGGAGCUGGGACGAGGAGGAGGAGGACGAGUACGACUACUUUGUCCGCUGCGUGGAGCCUCGGCUCAGACUGCACUAUGACAUCCUGGAGGGCCGCGUGCCCUCGGGCCUGGUGGCCGACUACCGCGGCCUGCUGGCGCGCGGCGAGGGCGUCUACCGCAGCUUCCUGGACCUGCGGAGCAGCCUGUCGGCCUGCGGCGCGGACUCGGAGCAGGAGAACGUCUCCAUGGUGCAGGGCCUGGAGCUGUACUCGGAGCUGGAGCAGCUCAAGCAGAAGCUGAAGCUGAUCGAGAACCCGCUGCUGAGGUACGUGUUCGGUUACCAGAAGAAUUCUAACGUCCAAGCAAAGGGCGCCCGGCCGCGUGGCCAGAGGGUCACCCACGUGGUGUCCUCCACCAUGGUGACGGGGCUGCUGCAGGCCCUGCUCAGGGACCGGCUGUGCCAGGAGCCGGGCGCGGAGGACACGGAGGUCCAGUUCCACAGGGACCCGCUGGGGGCCAUCGGCGCCUGCUACGAGGGUGACAGGGUGAUCGUCUGUCCCGGCCGCUACGUGGUGCAGGGCGCCAUCUCCAUCGCGGACUCCAUCGAGCUGGAAGGGUACGGGCUGCCCGACGACAUCGUCAUAGAGAAGCGGGGCGAGGGCGACACCUUCGUGGACUGCUCGGGCGCCGACGUGAGGAUCUCCUGCCUGAAGUUCGUCCAGCACGACGCCGUGGAGGGCAUCCUGGUCGUCCACCGCGGCAGGACCACCGUGGAGAACUGCGUGCUGCAGUGCGAGACCACCGGCGUGACGGUGCGCACCUCCGCGGAGCUGGUCAUGCGGGCCUCGGACCUGUGCGGCGCCAAGGGGGCCGGCGUGGAGAUCUACCCCGGCAGCACGUGUUCCCUGAGCGACAGCGGGAUCCACCACUGCCGGGAGGGCAUCCUCAUCAAGGACUUCCUGGAUGAGCACUACGACCUCCCCAAGAUCUCCCUGGUGAACAACAUCAUCCACAACAACGAGGGCUACGGCGUCGUCCUGGUGAAGCCGAGGAUCUUCUCCGACCUGCAGGAGGACGCCCAGGGCGGAGCCGACGAAAACAAGGCACCAAGAGCUUUGCCGCAGGGGGCGGACCCCGAGGGCGCGGACCCCGAGGAGCUGCUGAGGGGCCUGGCCCGGAAGGGGGCGCUGCACCCCAGGCCCGGGCCCCCCGGGCACCCGGAAGGCAACUGCGAGAUCGUCAGCGAGCUGAUGGCCGCCUCCGCGCAGAAGGGGCGGCUGAGGAGGAAGCGGCUGAGCGAGCUGGGCAUCACGCAGGCGGACGACACGCUCAUGGCCCAGGGCAUGUUCGUGGCCAUCGCCGAGAACCAGUUCAAGUGGAACGGCAAGGGCAGCUUCGGCACGUUUCUCUUCUGA